AUGAGAUUCGGUGAAUAUCUCCGUUCUUCCAUGAUCAAGGAGUACUAUCCCUUCUACAUUGCCUACGACGACCUCAAGAAAGCUCUCAAGACUGACUUUGUCGACGAGCCGACCUCCGAUAACACCAAGCCCGCCCGCAAAGAAUGGUCCGAGGACGAUGAGACACACUUUGUCUCCUUGCUCGAGAGCGAACUGGAAAAAGUCUUUAUCUUCCAGAAGCGCAAGAGCGAGGAGAUUGUUGACCGCAUCCAAACGAGUGAGCUCGAGGUAACCGACGUCGUCUCCCGUUUGGACGGCUCCGCCGAUUCUCGUCGCCAGAGUGUACGACCCUCUCGUCCGAUCCCUACCGAUGCAGAUUUCUUGAUGCUGGAGCAAGUUCUCAGCGAUAUUAUUGCCGACGUUCACGAUUUGGCUAAGUUCACGCAAUUGAACUACACGGGCUUCCAGAAGAUUAUAAAAAAGCAUGACAAAGAAACACAAUGGUAUCUCAAGCCAGUCUUCGCUGCUCGCCUCAAUGCCAAGCCCUUCUUCAAGGACAACUACGACGCUUUUGUUAUCAAACUAUCAAAGCUGUAUGACCUCGUCCGAACCAAGGGUAACCCGGUAAAAGGUGAUGCAUCAGCCGGUGGUACCCAGCAAAACUUUGUGCGUCAAACUACCAAGUACUGGGUCCACCGGGAUAAUAUUACCGAACUGAAACUGGUCGUGCUCAAGCACCUGCCAGUUUUGGUCUUCAAUGCCAGCAAGGAGUUCGAGGAGAAAGAUACAGCGAUUUCCUCAAUCUACUAUGACAACACAGACACUUGGGAGCUGUAUCAGGGCCGCUUGAAAAAGACCGAAGGUGCCGAGGCGAUUCGUCUGCGUUGGUAUGGUGGCAUGGAAAGCGAUCAAAUUUUCGUGGAGCGCAAAACUCAUCGCGAAGACUGGACAGGAGAAAAAUCGGUCAAAGCACGUUUCUCGCUCAAAGAGAAGCAUGUCAAUGCCUAUCUGGAAGGAAAAAUGACGGUGGAGCAAAUCUUUGACAAGGCGCGCAAGGAGGGUAAAAAGAGCCAGUCAGAGAUUGAUGAUUUGGAGCAACUGGCCCGUGAAAUCCAGUACCGUGUCAUCACUCGCCGAUUGGUGCCCGUCACCCGUACUUUCUACCACCGCACUGCGUUCCAGCUGCCAGGCGAUGCUCGAGUUCGAAUUUCCCUCGACACCGAGCUGACCAUGAUUCGCGAGGACAACAUGGAUGGCCGUCAGCGCGCAGGGAAAAACUGGCGUCGCAUGGAUAUCGGCGUCGAUUUCCCAUUCUCCCAGUUGCCUCCCGAGGACAUUGAUCGAUUCCCUUAUGCCGUGUUGGAAGUCAAGCUGCAGACCCAGGCAGGCCAAGAGCCUCCACAGUGGAUUCGGGAUUUGACGGCCAGUCACUUGGUUGAGGCAGUCCCAAAGUUCAGCAAGUUCAUCCACGGAACUGCCACCAUGUUUCCAACCCGCAUCAACCUGCUUCCGUUCUGGUUCCCGCAGAUGGACGUUGAUAUUCGAAAACCCGCCACUCGUCAAUACGGUAUCCACAGACCGCUAGCAAGUACGUCGAUAUCUGCCAACGAUGAAGACUCCGAUGACGACGAAACACCGGGCACGGAUGAAACCACUAUAAACAGUCACGCCACCGAGCACCAAAAUGGAUUGUUCGAGAUCAAUGGCAACGAACUAGAUAUCGAAGAGCGCAUUGCCGCCCAGCCUCUCCCCGGCGACGAAGACUACCCCUUGUACGACUCUGACGACGAAUCGGUUUAUUCGGACGAACUAGAAGAAGCCCGCCGUAUUGGUGGAGCAUACUACGCCCAGCAAUUGGUCAAGCAUUAUCUCUGUCGAACCGGCCACGCUGUUGCACAGGGUCUAAUGGCAAUCAUCCCCCGCCCCCGUCCAACAUCUCUGCCACCCCCAGAACAGCGUGGCAUUGCAGUCAUGGGAGCUCAGCGUCGCACCAUGCAGCGCUUCCAGGCCCCUCCUGGUAAACGUAAGCAACCCCCACCAAUCGUCCCGUUACACACAAACAAACAACUAACUCUUUCCCUCCCAGGCAUUUUUGUCCCCGUCCGCGUCGAACCAAAAGUCUACUUCGCCGCCGAACGAACCUUCCUUUCCUGGCUCGAAUUUUCCAUCAUCCUAGGCGGCAUCGCCGCGACCCUUCUCAACUUCGGCGCAGACUACGCAACCCUCAUCUCCGCCUGGGCCUUCACCAUCCUCGCCGCCGGCGCCCUCGUCUACAGUCUCUUCCUGUACAUCUGGCGCGUGGACAAGAUCCGCAAACGCCGCGACGUCAAGCGCGUCUACUACGAGCGCUGGGGGCCGACGGUGGUCAGCGUCGGCCUGGUUGUUAUCAUUUUGGUUAAUUUUGCGCUGCGCGUACGCGCCGGCGGAUUCAUGGCUGAGCCGGGCUCUGGAUCUCCGGGUCGGGAGUCUCCGCAUCGCGAGCUGUAG